CACAGUCCAAGAAGAAAAGUACGCAUAAAUCCCUAUCCUGCUCAGAUAUCAAACCUCGUAACACUAGAAUUUUAACACUCCCUCCCUUACUUGUAUUCAAAUUCAAGACCAUUCGAAAUGCUCCUAGAUAACACGAAUUAUACCUCUUGGAAAGCUUAUAUCCAACAGCGACUACAGGAAGAAGGACUUUUAGCUAUCACUCUGGGGGAUGAGGUCAAACCAGAACCAAACGGAACCAAUGGGAAAGAGAUAGAAGAAUUCAAAAAGAAAUCAAGAUUGGCGUUUUAUCUAUUAAUCAAAUCGAUUGAUGAUUCCGUUAUCUUCUCAGUCUCCGCCCUCAAUUUUGAGAGUAAUCCACGAGAGUUAUGGGAGGUGUUGAAGACGAAAUAUUUUCCAGAUGAUCUGAGUGAGAAACUCGAGGCGAUGAGGAACUUACGAUCGAUCAAAUUCAAAAAUAAUCCUGAAGAAUUUGUGGAACAGAUUCGAGCCAGUUUUGCUAGAAUCGAAAAUGCAGGCUUCCAGUUUGAUGAGACCACUUGGAUGGUCAUGUUCUUGUCUCAACUACCUCGUACUAUAACCGAUUCGAUCAUCAAUCGGAACGAUCAAGAGGAGACUUCUACUCAACCACAACGAUCCUCGAUCUCCACUUGUGACAAGUUAUUCGAGAAACUUAAAUCACUAUCUAUCACGCCAUCUAACUUUCCCCAAAACCACAACCCGAAUGAGAAGCAGAAAAAUGGACCAGCGGCCUCGUCGAAUCACUAUAAUCAAUAUUCCUGUACGCACUGUAACAAAAAGGGCCACGACAUCAAUCAUUGCUGGUUCGUUCAUCCAGAAAGGAACCCGUUUCACAAAAACAAUCCCGAGAAAGGCCCGGGCACACCCAAAUUUAACAAGGAGAUUGGACCGGCUUCAAAUGGUUUUUUCAAAAAGGAUCACGGAGCGACCUCGGACGGUUGGAGGCUGACUCCUCGACUGAAAAAAUUUGACCACGAUCAUCAAUUCAAUGGAUCUAAUCAUGGUUCCAAUAAUAACAACCUCAACAAACCCCAAGCCAACAAACACUUCAAUAACAACCACCACAGUCGUACGGCUAGCAAUGCCAACAACAGCGGAGGAGGGAGUGAAUGGAGUUCGUUUUCCAAAAACCCUUCCAGAGUUUCCUCAGGCGAUAAUAACGAUUGGCGAGCGCCUACCCCGAAGCAAUCGACCAGCAACCAAUCCGGAUGGGACGUCGAGGAGGGUCCCGCUACUCCUCUGACCAACGGAGGAUCCGGGUGGAAUGAUAUGGGCCCAAGCCACACCGCUACCGUCAACGAAACCGGUUGGACCGAGAACCACCAAGACUUCUAA